GGUUCCCAAUGCUGUGCUUGGGUUGGAGCACAGAGCUCGUGUUGAGAAAUGAAGAGCGUGUCUGAUGGUAGCAAGGAGGAGAGGUGGAAGAAGGACAGCACAAGAAGAGGCGGCACGACCUGUGAGGCUGUUGUGACCAAGGGCAGCAUUUUUGAAACGUUGGGGUUGUUGGAGUGGUCGGAUUUUCCCUGGAAUUGAGUGAGAAAUUCAGAAGACUGAAGCCCAGGCUCACUGUCUACCUUUCACGGAGGCCCAGCCGUGAGAGGACAGAAGAAGGCACGUGGCGAAUCAUGACAGCUGAUAAAGACAAAGACAAAGAGAAAGAGAAGGACCGGGACCGAGAUCGGGACCGAGAGAGAGAGAAGAGAGACAAGGCGAGAGAGAGCGAGAAUUCAAGGCCACGCAGGAGCUGCACCUUGGAAGGAGGAGCCAGAAAUUACGCCGAGAGUGAUCACAGCGAGGACGAGGACAAUGACAACAAUAGCGCCACCACGGAGGAGUCCACGAAGAAGAGCAAGAAGAAGCCCCCGAAAAAAAAAUCUCGCUAUGAAAGGACGGACACUGGGGAGAUAACGUCUUACAUCACGGAGGAUGAUGUCGUCUACAGACCAGGAGACUGUGUGUAUAUCGAGAGUCGGAGGCCCAACACACCGUAUUUCAUCUGUAGCAUCCAAGACUUCAAACUGGUCCACAACUCCCAGGCCUGUUGCAGAUCUCCACCUCCUGCUUUGUGCGACCCCCCAGCAUGCUCUCUGCCGGUGGCAGCACAGCCGCCACAGCAUCUUUCUGAAGCCGGGAGAGGGCCUGUAGGGAGUAAGAGGGACCACCUCCUCAUGAACGUCAAAUGGUACUACCGUCAAUCUGAAGUUCCAGAUUCUGUGUAUCAGCAUUUGGUUCAGGAUCGACAUAAUGAAAAUGACUCUGGAAGAGAACUUGUCAUAACAGACCCAGUUAUCAAGAACCGAGAGCUCUUCAUUUCUGAUUACGUUGACACUUACCACGCUGCUGCCCUUAGAGGGAAGUGUAACAUCUCCCAUUUUUCUGACAUAUUUGCUGCUAGAGAGUUUAAAGCCCGAGUGGAUUCAUUUUUCUACAUAUUAGGCUACAACCCGGAGACGAGGAGGCUGAACAGUACCCAGGGAGAAAUUCGUGUUGGUCCUAGCCAUCAGGCCAAACUUCCCGAUUUGCAACCAUUCCCUUCUCCCGAUGGUGACACUGUGACCCAACAUGAGGAACUGGUCUGGAUGCCUGGAGUUAAUGACUGUGACCUCCUUAUGUACUUGAGGGCAGCAAGGAGCAUGGCGGCCUUUGCAGGGAUGUGUGACGGAGGCUCCACGGAAGACGGCUGCGUUGCGGCCUCGCGGGAUGACACCACCCUCAACGCAUUGAACACACUCCAUGAAAGCGGUUAUGAUGCCGGCAAAGCCCUGCAGCGCCUGGUCAAGAAGCCUGUGCCCAAGCUGAUUGAGAAGAGCUGGACCGAGGACGAAGUGCUUAGAUUUCUAGAAACAAUUUAAAGACAAUAUUGUAUUCGGAAGGAACUUCUUGCUUCAGAAGAAACUGGAGAACUGAUCACCUUCUAUUACUACUGGAAGAAAACCCCGGAAGCAGCCAGCUCCCGGGCUCACCGCAGGCACCGCAGGCAGGCCGUGUUCAGGAGGAUUAAGACCCGCACUGCAUCCACGCCCGUGAACACGCCCUCCAGACCCCCGUCCAGUGAAUUCUUGGACCUGAGUUCGGCCAGUGAGGAUGACUUCGACAGCGAGGACAGCGAGCAGGAGCUGAAGGGCUACGCCUGCCGCCACUGCUUCACCACCACCUCCAAAGACUGGCACCACGGGGCCCGGGAGAACAUCCUGCUCUGCACGGACUGCCGCGUCCACUUCAAGAAGUACGGCGAGCUGCCCCCCAUUGAGAAGCCCGUGGACCCCCCGCCGUUCAUGUUCAAACCUGUGAAAGAGGAAGACGAUGGGCCCAGUGGGAAACAUAGCAUGAGGACACGGCGGAGUCGUGGCUCGAUGUCUACACUGCGCAGUGGUCGGAAGAAGCAGCCAGCCAGCCCUGAUGGUCGCGCCUCGCCCAUCAAUGAAGACAUCCGCUCCAGCGGCCGGAACUCCCCCAGCGCUGCCAGCACCUCCAGCAACGACAGUAAAGCAGAGACGGUGAAGAAGUCGGCCAAGAAGGUGAAGGAGGAAGCCUCGUCCCCUCUCAAGAGCACCAAGCGCCAGCGGGAGAAGGUGGCCUCUGAUACGGAUGAGGCCGACAGGACCAGCUCCAAGAAGACAAAAACCCAGGAGAUCAGCCGGCCCAACUCGCCGUCUGAAGGCGAGGGAGAGAGCUCGGACAGCCGCAGCGUCAACGAUGAGGGCAGCAGUGACCCCAAAGACAUCGACCAGGACAAUCGUAGCACGUCCCCCAGCAUCCCCAGCCCCCAGGACAACGAGAGCGACUCCGACUCCUCGGCCCAGCAGCAGAUGCUGCAGGCCCAGCCCCCGGCCUUGCAGGCUCCCAGUGGGGCCGCUCCAGCUCCCUCGUCGGCCGCGCCGGGGACGGCCCAGCCACCCACGCCAGGGCCCACGCCCGCCGCCACCGCCCCGUCGCAGGGCUCCCCAUCGACCUCCCAGCCCCCAGCCCAGCCGCAGGCCCCCUCGGCUCCCGCUCCCCACGCCCACGUCCCGCAGGCGCCCGCCCUGCCCCCACACCGGCUGCCCUCCCCGCACCCCCCCCCGUUCGCCCAGCACCCCUUUGCCCCUGCGGGCCCUCCUCCCAUCACCCCUCCGACUUGCCCCUCCACCUCCACCCCCCCGGCGGGGCCUGGCCCCUCGGCCCAGCCGCCCUGCUCUGCCCCCGUCGCAGCGGGAGGCAGCGUAGCUGCGGGGGCAGCCUGCCCGCUUCCCAACGUCCAGGUCAAGGAAGAGGCCCUGGACGAAGCUGAGGAGCCCGAGAGCCCUCCUCCCCCGCCUCGGAGCCCGUCCCCUGAGCCCACUGUGGUGGACACCCCCAGCCAUGCCAGCCAGUCUGCCAGGUUCUACAAGCACCUGGACCGGGGUUACAACUCAUGUGCGCGGACAGACCUGUACUUCAUGCCUCUGGCGGGAUCCAAGCUGGCCAAGAAGAGGGAGGAGGCCAUCGAGAAGGCCAAGCGGGAGGCCGAGCAGAAGGCGCGCGAGGAGCGGGAGCGCGAGAAGGAGAAGGAGAAGGAGCGCGAGCGCGAGCGCGAGCGGGAGGCGGAGCGAGCGGCCAAGGCGUCCAGCUCGGCGCACGAAGGCCGCCUCGGCGACCCCCAGCUCGGUGGUCCCGGCCACAUGCGGCCCUCCUUCGAGCCCCCGCCCACCACCAUCGCGGCCGUGCCCCCGUACAUCGGGCCCGACACGCCGGCCCUCCGGACUCUGAGCGAGUACGCCCGGCCCCACGUCAUGUCGCCCACCAACCGUAACCACCCCUUCUACGUGCCCCUCAACCCCACCGACCCGCUGCUGGCCUACCACAUGCCCGGCCUCUACAACGUCGACCCCACCAUCCGCGAGCGGGAGCUCCGGGAGCGGGAGCUGCGGGAGCGCGAGAUCCGGGAGCGCGAGCUGCGGGAGCGGAUGAAGCCGGGCUUCGAGGUGAAGCCCCCGGAGCUGGACCCCCUGCACCCGGCCGCCAACCCCAUGGAGCACUUCGCCCGGCACGGCGCCCUCACCAUCCCCCCCGCCGCCGGCCCCCACCCUUUCGCGUCUUUCCACCCUGGCCUGAACCCCUUGGAGAGGGAGAGACUGGCCCUGGCGGGCCCCCAGCUGCGGCCCGAAAUGAGCUACCCGGACAGACUGGCGGCCGAGCGCAUCCACGCCGAGCGCAUGGCCUCGCUGACCAGCGACCCCCUGGCGCGGCUGCAGAUGUUCAACGUGACCCCGCACCACCACCAGCACUCCCACAUCCACUCGCACCUCCACCUCCACCAGCAGGAUCCCCUCCACCAAGGUUCAGCAGGCCCAGUUCACCCACUGGUUGACCCCCUGACCGCUGGCCCGCACCUGGCUCGCUUUCCCUAUCCUCCUGGCACCCUCCCCAGCCCUCUGCUUGGACAGCCCCCCCAUGAGCACGAGAUGCUUCGCCAUCCAGUUUUUGGCACCCCCUACCCCCGAGACCUGCCUGGGGCCAUCCCACCCCCCAUGUCAGCGGCCCACCAGCUGCAGGCCAUGCACGCCCAGUCGGCGGAGCUGCAGAGACUGGCCAUGGAGCAGCAGUGGCUGCACGGACACCCGCACAUGCAUGGUGGCCACCUCCCAAGUCAGGAAGAUUAUUACAGUCGACUGAAGAAGGAAGGUGACAAGCAGUUAUAAGUUAUUUAUUUGUUAACGCUGGCUGUGGAAACCCCAAUUCUUGGGGGAGAAACAGGACUUUUUACAUACAAUAGGAGCUGCAAAAGCAAAAAGAAUAUCUUCUAAAGAUUUCUUUAUAUAUUUAAAAACCCCACAACUAAAAACGUAUCAGCAUACUAGUGUUCGUUUGUAGAGAGGAUUCCUUGAGACCGGUUUGGGUCUCCCUGCAUGACAGUCCCCCAGAAACUUAGUGAGGCCUGGACUGGACUGAACAUUAAGAAAACUCCCCUGCAAUCUUGGGGUUUGGCUUUAGUUUUCUUUUUCUUCCUUGAUUUCUUCAGUAGGUGCUAGAAUCCAGUUCACACACCCUUCACUGUGCGUGCAGACACACUCAGUCGCGUGUGUUCCAAAACCCACAAGGUUUGCAGAUAGGCAGCGUAUGAGUUUGGAAUCCAAGAGCUGUAAUUUUUAAAAAAUCUUUUAUUUUAAUACAUUGUAGGAAAUCUUCAUAAUUUGAGGAAGUUCUGCGCAUGGCUUUUUACGUCUGUAAAUAAAUAAUUUUAGAACAGCCUUUUUUUUCUUCCACAAACUACUAUUCUGAUCUAUUUUUUCCAGCCAUGUCACUAAUUGUGAAUUCCUACCAGCUGUUGACAGAAUACAGAGUUGAUUUUUUAAUAAAAAGUUAUAUAUAAUUAUCCCUUUAAUUAAAGGGAACAGAUGGGCGUUACUAGUUACAAACGGGCAAAAGCUUGGGACUAGGUUUGGACGCAGCAGGGAGCAGCCAGGGGUUGGCAGGGACAGUGUUACAAACCGUUUCUUUGUUGUGCUGCUUUGGUUUUCACUUCUGUCUGUUCCCAGCUUGUGCUUUGCCAGCGGUGCAGACAUCUGUUAGCUUGAACCUCUCGUCUUGCACCAGGAGCGCAGGAGUUACAUGUCCCCCAUUCUGUCUCUGAGGGAUCGAAAGCACAUGUUUCUGUGUGUCAGAUUGUAGAUUUCCUUAUAGAUUGCUCUGCACACGCAUUUGAUUGUUCUGAAUGAACUGCCUUUUUAAAUACUUGGACAAUUUCAUAAACAAACAUUCUAGAAAAUCCAAGAAAACGAUUCCCUGCAAGUCACUCAGCACAUAUGCUUGCCAAAGGGAUCUGUUAGAAAUCUGCUUUUUCGUGCGUGUGGUCGUUUGGAUCUUCUUGCGGUGAGGCCAGGCCAUCCUUGCCACCGCCCGAGGCUGCUUUGGAGUGAGGGAGAUCCCGGAGUUGGUCCGGCUGCGGGUGGCGGCCUGUGUGGUACCCCAGGAACAGGGACCCACGUCGGACAGGGAGACACUUGGCGUCCUGCUCUUCCUCCCGGAAGCAGGACAGGGGGUCACAGCCGUGGACGUGGAGUGAGAGGCAGCUCCACCUGGGGGCAGGUGGCCCAGAGAGCCUGCCUCGGCUUUCUGAGUUGCCCGUGUGCUGCACUUUCUCCGGAGCAGACGGUGGGGGAGUUGGGAGGACAUUCUGCACCUGUUGAUCACGCUUUCUGCCGGGACAUAACCUUUUCUGUUCCUCUUCUCUGAGCCUCUCGGGGGCUCUUUCUGCCGUGGUGCGCGGAGUUCCCGGCUGGGGGUCAGUGGACGUGGAGCGCGUCCAGGACCGGAGCCACAGAGGGGGCGGGACGAGAGGCUGGCGCUUUGACCCAGAAACCAGCAGGCGAUAGCUCAGAUUCAGGUUCCGGAUUCACACUUGCCUCAAGGGCAUUUCCAGUGUCCACUAAAACCACGUUUGGUUUCCGUUGGGACAGAUAGAGGAUGGUUUUGUCUGUUGAAAAUGUUUGUAGGUUUUUUCUUUCCUUUUCUCUCAUUCCAUUUCUGCCUUAACUUUAGCUCCUUGGGGGGGGGGGGCAAGCUCAGAUGAACACUUUGUCACCGCUUGAGUGGCCGCGUUGGCCAGGGGCGUUCGUGUCCCCGGGGCUAGUGACGUGCCAUCAGGGCGGGCUCGCGCUCUGCGGCCUCUGCGCCUCUGAGCCGGGCCCCUUCCUGCUGGACUCGGGCCGCUCCUGCAGCUCCCGGCUCCUGCGCGGAAGCCCCCGCCUGCUUUUCUCCCUUUCGGUGGAACGCGACGCCUCCUGCUCAGUUAUUCUCCUUUCUCUCCUCUCUCUGUCGUCCAUUUCCAAAGAAGAGAGAGAGUUGAAGUACUUGGAAGUCUGUACUUGAAAACUGUCUGAAGGCGUUUUCUCCUUAGGUUUUGGUUUUCUCCCCACGUCCCCAGGUGAAGCACUGAGAUUCUUCCAUUUAAAAACCCACAACCCGAAACCCUCACCUGGUCAACUGCAGCGUGUGUCGGAGGCCCCAGACCUUCACGGUGUCUUUGAAGCCCGACCCCUUGGUCUCCUUUUGGGUUUCCUCCCUUCGUUUGGAGUUGUUUUGCUUUUCCGUGUUUUAUGUGUAUCUUGUUCACUGUCGUCGGGUUGAGCUUCACUUCGCUGCAGCAGAGCGGAGUGUACAUUCUGAUUUGCUACGUUUAUAUAUAUCUUGAAGCUAAAUGUAUAUAUGAGUAGUUUGCCAUGAGAUAACACAGUGUAAACAGAGUAGACAACCCAGAAAUUGUGACUUCUGUGUUCUCUCCAUUUGAGUAUUUUGUAAUUUUUUUGAAAUAUUUGUGGACAUAAAUAAAAACAAGCUACACUA